CUUAUGCGUAAUCGGAGAUUAAUGAUAAUCUUUGAGUUGUUUUGAAAAUUUCAUAUUUGUACUUACAGAACACAUCUACAAAAGGUACUACAACAAUCGGCUCGUGAAGUUUUGAACUAGCGAAAUAAGCAUUGUAACCACUUCUGACUGAACGUUGAGGAUUAUUAAUAAGAUAAAACUGCAACAAUAAAUUUAUUGACAGUGUACACGCGUCAAUAGUAAUAUCUUAGAAUGUUUGUUAAGUUGAAUUCGUCUGUCAUAUGUUUUCAGUUUGGCUGCAUAGAGCCGGCGUCGUUGUUAACCUUAGUGGUAACAGCGGCAAUUCGAGAUUGUUACAUUCAGAAAGUUUGGUAAAGUGUGCAUGUAAAAUGUAAAAAUAUGUGAUUUUUUCUACUAUUACAAGGAAUCAUGGCAGAAAUAAAAUCGCUGUUUGUGCGAGUGCAAUAAUUGUCUUUGGUAUACUGUUAGUUUCUACGGAUUUAAUUAAACAACAUAGUCGACACAACGUUUCAGGUCAUAAAUUAAAAUCACUGGAAAAUGUUACAUCUAUAAAAUAUGUAGUGGACGCAGCAGAACCUUAAAGUACCGUGUGGUUAUAAUUAAAAUGCAGCUUCUCGCAGAGGUCCAGUGUGGGCUGUAAUUUCCGUAUGGCGGUGAAACUUUGUGGAUAUGCUAAUGCUUUAAUGCAGAACUGAUUUAUGCUGGAAAAAAAUCAUGUCUGGCAUCAAGGGCAGCCAAAGUAAUCUAUCAUCAUCUUCUGCUCUGUCAUCUUCCAUGCAUCAUGGAACAUCAUUAACUGGUGGUGGAAGCAGUCUAGAGCACUUAAGUUGUGAUGAAAGUAAUACAUCAGCAAGAUCAGUACGACAUGCCAAAAGAUGUCAUUUUUUCCGUAAUGCUGAUGUAUAUUUCAAAGGAGUAUCACUUGUUUUUCCUACAGAAAGGUAUAGGUCAUUUGAAAGUGUGUUUUCAGAGGUUACUCGUUCAUUGUCAAAGCAUGUAAACCUACCAACUGGAGUUAGAAAUUUAUACUCCUUAACUGGAAAGAAAAUCAUGUCACUUGAUGAUCUGGAGGAUGGGAAAAGCUAUGUUGCAGCAGGAUCAGGAGAACCAUUCAAACGACUGAAUUAUGUUGGUGUCAGGAGAGGUGCUCAUAAAACAAAGACAAAAAGUUUUCAAGCUAAUGAAUCUUUGCCAGUGAAACAGCAUUUCCCAUCUUACAUUUAUCCUCGUGUUAUAACUGUAGUGAGAAAUGGUACAAGACCAAGAAAAAUUGUACGUCUUCUAAUUAACAAGAGGAAUGCACCUUCUUUUGAUCAUACAAUUACAGUUAUAACAGAGGCUGUGAGACUUGAUACAGGCCCUGUGUUGAAAGUGUAUGCAGCUGAUGGAUCUCAGGUCACAUCACAUGAAGACUUUUUUAAAACAGAAGAUUUGUUUUUUGCUUACGGAUUGGAGAGACCGAGUAAGAGAGAUUUUGAGUUAGAUUAUGAAGAGCGAAAGUGUACUGAAAGCAUAAGGAGAUACUCAAGACGUGCUAAUAUUCACCUGAAAAAUGAGCACGAGCGGAGCAGCAGGAGCAUGGGACAUGUAUGUGAAAUGCCAAACCCCAUUCGCCAGCCUCUAAUAAAAUCUAAGAAACGGAAACAGCCAUUAUCGCACAAUACUGAAUCAGGACCAGUGUAUCCACCACUGAUUGAAUCUACAUAUGAGAUGGGACCGAUAAUUGGCGAAGGGAAUUUUGCCAUUGUUAUGCAGUGUCGAGAAAGGGCAACAGGCCAGGUGUAUGCACUGAAAGUUAUUGACAAAUCCAAAUGUGCAGGCAGAGAACACAUAAUUGAUAAUGAAGUAGCUGUUUUGCAUAAGCUGUAUCACCCAAACAUAAUACAUCUCGUUACUGAAUUCUUCACUGAUUCAUUCUUGUAUCUUAUCAUGGAAUAUGUUGAGGGAGGUGAUUUAUUUGAUUGCAUAACAGCUCAGAGAAAAUUCAGUGAAAAGGAAGCUAGCUUCUUGUUAAAAGAUCUUGCCAGUGCUUUACAUUAUAUCCAUUCAAUGAAUAUUGUGCAUAGAGAUAUAAAACCAGAAAAUUUGUUGGUGGCAACAAAUCCCAGGGGGGAAAAGGUACUGAAAUUGGGAGACUUUGGACUGGCAUGUCAUGUUUCUGGACCAUUGUACACUGUUUGUGGGACACCAACAUAUGUAGCACCAGAAAUCCUUGAGGAAAAGGGCUACGGAUUACAAAUCGAUGUUUGGGCAGCAGGAGUGAUAUUGUAUAUUCUGUUGUGUGGUUAUCCUCCAUUUGCGAGUCCUACAGGUGAUCAGGAAGAACUCUUUGACCGUAUACUGUCAGGAAACUAUGAAUUUAGUUCACCAUAUUGGGAUGAUGUAUCAGAGCUUGCAAAAGACUUAAUAUCUCAUAUGCUUCAAAUCCAGCCAGAAGUGAGAUUUUCAGCUGAAGAUGUAUUGGAUCACCAUUGGAUAAGAGUUGCACAACUAGAUGAAUGUGUUGAAGAACUUCAACUUGAUGAUGGUGUGGCUGGGGCUGUCAGUAGGGUAUUUGGAGAAUGUCAGGACAAGCAACUACAGGCAAUGACAAUUAUUACCUAUUGACCCUUGAAAUAGGCUUCUCAAUUAAACUAGACUGCCGUAUUGCUUACAGACAGAAACACAACAUGGAAGAUAGCCCAAAUUUUCCACACCGAUCUUCAUGGAGAAGCUUCUAUGCAGAUAGGUCAACGGUAGCAGAGUUUGAAAGCACAAGGAAAAAAGUUUCAUACUGCGUAUACAUCUUAAAGGAAACCAGUUACGUUUUACAUACAUGUCACAUUCGGCUGUACACAAGAUAUCAAAAGACAGUACUUCGUAAUUGAAGAUAAUAAAAGUGAAAGAAAGGAGAAUAAUCUUCCAGUGCUUCCAAUCAUUUUGAUAUUAACAGUCUUCUGGUAUUAUAUUGAUUAUGAAAAAUUUGAGGAGGUGGAAGAUGAAGCUUUAGUCUGAUGACUGAUCAGGAUUAUAAGAUACAGGCAAACAUGUGUAGAGAAAAGUGAAUAAAAAUCAGCUAUCUUGACAUCAUUCUCCAUGAACAUGACACGUGAAAGAAAGAAAUAUGGAAAAUUAGUAAACAUUUUUUAAAAUAGUUGUAACAAAUUUAUGAUUAUUUCUUAAAGCUUAAGUAAUGUGUAACAUUUUAAUGAUCCACUGAUUACUCCAGUAGUAACACUUUAAUUAUUUCCAGAUUCCAUGGAUCGUAAUUGUGAGGUCCAACUAUGAUGUAGAACAAGUAGUAGUACAAUUAUAUUAAACUUUCUCAGUGAAAAAUAUGACACUGUGCUGAACGUGGUUGUCGUAAGUUUUACAUAAAGUGAUUGAAAAGUUGUGCUGUGGCUGGAUUAAAUGAAUGGGUGUUCACUUCCCUUUGGUUUUGAUGUUUUUAUAUUCUAAAAACAUUGAUAUUCAUCACUGCCUGCAGAAUGUCACAAUCUUUUUAUUAUAAAAAGUAAUUGCCACAGUCUAUAGUAGACUGAUUAGACUUUAAUAAUGGAGAAGUUAAUAUGACUGAAGCUUCCGUGUUAAAAACUGAUGUUUAGAAGGCCGUGAAAUGGUAGAUGUUAUAUUAAAGUGAUUGGAAGCAGCAGUGAUUUUGUAAGUUUGACUUCUGCUUUUUUAUAUAAAAUAUUUUAAAAAGGAGCCUAAAUAAUAGACUGGUAUAACAGUGAAGUUACAUGUCUUCAGUGUUAAGUGGAACUAAGGCAUAAUAAAAAGUUGCAUGUUUAAAAUGCCAUUUACAUACAGAAAUUUAAGUGUGCUGUCACUUCUUAUUUAUAUUCAUUUAAGUGGCUGACACCUCAGACACAUUUACAUUUUAAUACAUUUUCAUUUAGGUAUAUUUUAAACAAUUGGGUGAAAUUUAUUUCAUUAUGGACAGUAGAAUUUAAUUAUUUUUAUACAGUUAAUUAUUAUAUGAGCAAUACUAAAUAUUGGCUGUGUGAACAAUGUAUAUUGAGUGUUCAUUGAGAUGUGUGAAAUACUGUGUGUUGUACUGAUUGUUAACUUGGCGCCAGCUACGAUAGUGCUUUAUUUAAUUUAUGAUGUGUAAGGUAGAAAAUAAGAGUAGUAGUUAAUAGCUGUUGAACGUAAGAAAUUGAGCGUGAAAGAGGAAAGCUGUUAUUACAGGCAAAGGCUGGUGGUUAUGCAGCUUUUUGCUUUGGUGAUGUUUGUACUGAGCUAUUUGACGAAGCACCUGAACUCACUGAGGAAGCUCAUAGAAAUACUUUUGACAUUUCAAAUGGUGUAGCAUAUUCUUCGCCCAACUGUUGCUAGAGAUUAACAUGUAUGUAACAUUGAACAUACUGAGUAAAGUGCUAUUAUCACUUUUUCACUGAUUGUAUAUCCAGUCAGUGUUUCGUUCCUGUUAACCAAACUGCCAUUUCAGCUUUUGCCUUAUUAUUAUUAUUAUUAUUAUUAUUAUUAUUACUAUUAUUACUAUUUAUACUUGUAUUUAUCUCUUCGAAUAUUAAACCUGUGAUAGUUUUUUUUGCGUAAUGAAUAGUAUUAAAAUUAUAAUUUUCAUUCAUGUACUGUCUUCUAUCCAUUUUUAUGUAUCUUGAAAUUGUAAUCAUGGUUUGUUAUAUCAACUUUUUAUGAUUUCGUAACAUUUAUUACAGUAUUAAAUUGUUUAUUAUUAGCUUUAUAAUUACAUAUUAUGAAAUGUGAAAAGUUUUGUCAUAAAGGAAACUGUCUUCAUUAAACUAUAGCAGAGAAAAGUCCAGAAUUGUCAUCUAACACCACAUAUCUUCGGGGUAUAGUCAGUCAGAAUAUACUAUCUGUUUAUAAUGUCAUAUUGGUAAGACUGUGGUUUAUCCUAAUUCUGUUUGUCCCAGCUAUGCAAAAGAAAUCUGAAGAAAUAAGUAAAACUAAUAGCUUUUUAUUCACUACAGCAUAUAUAGUAAAUGAGAGGGAGAGAUGAUGUCAGAAAUUAGGGUUUGAGGUGAAAGGAAAUUAAAGUACAGUUUUUAUGUGUGAAGCCAUUUUUGACUUUCAGUUAAUUUAUUUAAUUUCUGUCUGUCUAAAAAUUAUUUUAAUGUUCAUUUUUGGAACUUUUAUAAUAGCCUUACGCUAUAAAAACAAUUUUCAUAAAUGAAAUUUAGGUAAAAGAAAUGUAAAUGAAUAAUCGAUAGUGGUGGAGGGAUAAAUACAUUUUCUCAUUUCUUUUCAUUUUGUUGUGUACAUAUUAUAUUGACCAUGCACUAUUUAAUUAUGAGAUGUUGACCCUCCAAAACAAUGGAGAUUGCGAAGUACUUGUUUCCUGUCUUCCCUCUUCUGUGAUGCCUCUAUAAAACUGCAAAUCUGAAUCUGCAGCAUGUACUUUCAUCUUUUUUGUCAUCUCCAGAAUCAAACACACACAGGCUAAAGGAGUCAGAUAAAGACUGUGUGGGUAAUUGGCUGCUGUAGUUGUCAUCCUUGAUCUUCCCUUUUUUUUUUUUUUUUUGCCACUCCUUUCCCAUUUCAUCUUCCUCUGCCCAUCUUCAGCCUUCUGUCCACUCAUUUUUUACAAUGCACCUGUUUCUUCAUCUUCGCUUCCUCUAAUCACUUCAUCCUCCAUCCAUCUGUUCUACCACUGUCUUCUCUCUGCUACCCCACACUCUCCUCAACUCUUCCUCCACUCCUCUUCCACUCCUGUCUCCUCCUCUGCAACUCUUCUUCCAUUCAUUUGCUUCCUCUUUUUCCUGUCUCCUCAUGCUGUCCCCACCUGAUUUCCCCUUCCCCCUGCCCCCCCACUCCUCUCCUCUCUCCUCACUUCUCCCACACCUUUCGUCAUACCUGUCUGUGUUCUUUCCUCCUCUUUUUUCUGUCUUGUACCACCUCCUGUCUCCUCUAUUUCCCAGUCAUUUUCCCUCUUUUCCAAACUCCUUGUCACCCCCCCCCCCCCCCACUCCAUGUGUCCCUCCUUCCCCACACUGUCCUAGUGCCGUGUGUCCCCUGCCCUAUUGUAUCCGUGCCAUCCUCUGUCCCUCUCGUGGACGCCAACCAUGAGCUUUCAAAUUAAGGUUGCCGUGCCUUUAAAUGCAGGUACAAGAGUGUCAUUUUUCUUAAAAUAAAUAAAAAUAAAGUCUAUGGCACAAGCCUGUGACUGGGCUAUUGGCCUGACUGCAGGUGCAGGGUGGCAGGCCCAUCACCAUAGCUGCCUUUUAACCCCAGGAAAGAACCCCUGUACUCAUUUGAUAGCAAGCUGGGUGGAUCCGAGGCUGUCCUGGAGGGACUUCUACCUGAAACUGAACCCAGGAGCUCCAGGGCCGAAGUCUAGUGCCUUAUUCUCUAGACCACCACAGCUACCUCAUUUUUGGUAUACGUUCAAAAUCUUGAAAGUUAUAAUUGAAAAUAAUGAUUUAAUAACUCUAAUAUCCUCUUCAGCAAAAUUCAAAUGUGAAAAUAUAUGCAGUGACACUCAUAUAAAAAUGAUAAAACAUAAAAUUUGUUAUGAAAAUUCCUGCCAGAUUAAAAUUGUCUACUAGACAGAGACUUGAAUGUGGGACCUUUGGCUUUUGUGGACAAGUGCUCCAGCGACUGAGCUCUCUAAGCACAUCUCACGACCCAUCCUCACAGCUUCGGUUCUGCCAGUACCUCAUCUCCUACCUUCCAAAGCACUUGCCUGAAAAAAGGCAAAGGUCCCGAGUUCGAGUCUCGGUCUUGCACACAGUUUUAAUCUGCCAGGAAGUUUCAUAACAGUGCACACUCCACUGCAGAAUGAAAAUUUCAUUGUGAUAAAAUUUGUUACCCUUGAAAAGUUCUUAUUUCUUCAGGAAGGUCAUUUCUUAAAAAAGAAAAAUUGUUCCCUACAUUUUGUUUUGCAUACAUAUAAGAAUUAAUCAUGUACUUCAGCAUAUAUGCAAUUGGCCUGAAAGUUCUUGAAAAACAAUCUUUUGCCUCGUCAUAUUCACUCCCUGACAAUAUACUGGUUCAAGUGGACAUAAUUAAUGCAUUUUUGUAAUAGUUUUGAUUAAGAUCACUUUUUAAAAAUAUCCUUUAAUAAUCAGCUUUAAAAUGAGGAGUGGAAAGAACAUUUAAUCCAAACAUAGGUGGUGCAUUAAAUACACUCUCUAUUACUGUCUUUGUGUCUCCGAAACUCGUGAACAUAAACUGAGUUCAUGGCAUUGUGCAGUAUGAUUAUCCUAUGUCAUACCUUUCAUUGUCUGUCUUGAAAAUUUCUUAGUACACAAUCACUGAGAAAACCUAAAGGAUACAUUUGCUGAAGUAUAUUUGUGUUUUUAUGGUUUUGUUUGUCUGUGACCCUCUGUUCGUGAAACUCGGAAACCAUGGGUUCCCCACAGUGUAACCAUGAAAUAAACUGCUAUAUAAAGGAUUCUUUUGUGUUGUAGCGCAGUAAUUAGUAAAUGUAUAUUAAAUAAUUGUAAUGAAUUUAUUUUAUUUUGUUAGUGUGAGUAAUGUGGAGUUCAGGUACAUUUGCAUACCUAAAUGUCUUCACUUGGUUACUGGGUGUAGUUGUUGUGAUUCUGUCAUAUGUACCUGAAUUUGGGUAUGGUUGGUAAUACUGAAGUCCCCCAGACCCCUUCCCAGGCCUUGUUUCCCCUCACCUUUUUAUACUGUUUCUCUCCCUCUGCCCCAGCUCUGCUCCAUAUGCAGUCUGUGCUCUGCCGUCUUUAUUGUACAACCUUUACCUACCAAGGUUACUUUAGUGUGAGGCACUAUACAUACCAAAUGAGUCUGUGGCCAGUGAUGUGCGUUUGAAAUAAUUUUAUUGCUGAGGAGAGAACACGGUAUUUCAGUUUCCUCUUUGGAAUGAUAUAGCUGUGUGUCAUCUCCCCCCUCCCUCUCUCUCUCUCUCUCUCUCUCUCUCUCUCUCUCACACACACACACACACACACACACACACACACACACACACACACACACCGCUUCCCCAUCUCCAGGUAAUGCUUCACACUUGCAAAUUUUUAGGUGUUGAGAUGAAAGUUCCAAUGGAGGCUUUGUCAUCCACUCUGAUAUGUAUAUAUCUCACAAAGUGCACUAUGUUGUAUAGAAAUUAUGCCUUUCAUUACUGUGUUUAUUGAAAUGUGCCUUAAAAUUGUGGUGGGAACUUGAUUUGUGCAUUACAUCUGCAGUGAACUAAUUGUUUUAUUUCUCUACCUCGUGAUUUUUAACAUAUCUUGACAAUCUUUUUGCCUGUUCAUGCAUUAUUUUAUGAAACCAUCUUGUCACUAAUUGUCAUUCUUAUUGUAACUACACUGGAGAAGAUAAAGCAGAAUUUAAAUGUUGUAUCCCUUCAUCUUACAUUCAGUUAUAUGCAUUCUGUUACUGCUUUGUUUAUAAUGUAGUGUAAUUUUUUUUAAAAAUAUGGUAUGGAAAUUUCUGGAAGAAUGUAAAUAAUUUAGAAAUGACGGUAACAACCCACAGAAUAGUGGAAGUGUUGUUGGCUAUUUUUGAACUAGAGUAUGUCGAUGCCCCCCCCCCCCCCCACACACACACACACACUCUCUCUCUCUCUCUCUCUCUCUCUCUCUCUCUCUCUCUCUCUCUCUCUCUCUCUCUCUUUCUCUCUCUCUCAUAUAUAACACAAACAUACACACAAAAUUCGAGCUUUCGCAACCAGCGGUUGCUUCGUCAGGAAAGAGGGAAAGAUGAAAGGAUGUGGGUUUUAAGGGAGAGGGUAAGAAGUCAUUCCAAUCCCUGGAGCGGAAAGACUUACCUUAGGGGGAAAAAGGGAUAGGUAUACACUCGCGCGCGCACACGCAUCCUUUCAUCAUUCCCUCCCCUUCCCUCUUUCCUGACAAAGCAACCGCCAGUUGCGAAAGCUCGAAUUUUGUGUGUAUGUUUGUGUUUGUUGGUGUGUCUAUCGACCUGCCAGUGCUUUUGUUUGGUAAGUCAUAUCAUCUUUGUUUUUAGAUAUAUUUUUCCCACGUGAAAUGUUUCC